UAUGGUGCCAUGAAAAAGGCUGGGAUGACUUACUCCCCUUGAGCUUCAUUCGCUAAGGGAGGCUAUUGGCCUCUGCCACUAGAAAGAUGAUACUUCGUGUCUUGCCAACUUCUUCUUUUCCUUAGCGACAAUUGAUUGGGGUGUUUUGUUAAAAGUAUAUUACAGUGGCAUGAUGGCUGAUGACAAAGGAGAGGCAACAGAAGUCACAAAGUCUCCAGCGGGAUCCAAACUGGAGUCUCUGAGCCGCGAGGACCUUAUAAAAUUUGUUAAGAAACAGCUGUUACUUCUCCAGAGGGAACGUACAAAAGCUGAAGAUUUGCAGAAAAAGCUAACCAGUGCAUUAGAAGUGACUGGAAAUAAAACAGACGACACAGAUGAAGUGCAGGAACUGAAAAAUCAACUUCAGACAUUGACAGAUGAAAGAGAUGAAGCCAUCAAUGCCUAUAACACAGUGCAAUGUUCUCAAGAAGCAUCUGCAAUCAGGAUUCAGGAACUGGAAAAACAAUGUCUGGUGCUGGAAGAAGAAAAUGUCCUUCUCCAGCAAAGAUUCGUGAAACUGGAAAGCAAGAACAAGGAGUUAAUAGAACAGUUGGAAUGCAUGGAAAUGAAAGAUGCUUCACUAAAAUCUUCUCUACAAUGUAUGCAAGAAGAACAGGCACAGCUUGCAAAACAAAACAAGGAACUUGAAGUCGUAAAAUCAAAUCAAGAAGCGCUGAUUGCAGAUCUGGAAAAUAGUUUGAGGGAAAUAGGAUCACUAGAAGAAGAACACGAGAUCCUGAAACAUAAAUUAGCUCUUGCAGAGAACUGUAUUGAAGAAUUGAAAGCAGCCUUGAAGAACAAAGAGGUAGAUGCUUUACAGGAGUCUUCAACAGAGGAACAGUUAAUGUGCAAAGUAGAAGAGCUUAGAAAACACAGCGAAAACUUGUUUACUGAAAAUGAACAGUUGAAAAUUGACCUUGCUAGCAAAAUAGCAGAGCUGUCAAAGAUCAGAAGACAUGCAGAAGUUGAGACACUUUCUGAACACCUGACGGAGAAACAGGAAAAGCAGAUCUCAAAGGAAGGUGUGAGUGAAGUAAGUGACAGUGAAUCCUUGAUCUCUGAACUCAGAGUCCAGCUUCAGAUUGCAUUAGACCAACUGAAGGAGCUCUCAUCACAGAAAGAAGCAAUGAAAGAUUUCUGGAGCAAAAACAAGCAGAAAAAUCAGACACUGGCUGUUCAAAUGAAGAUGUGUCAGAACUCAAGUCCAGGUUGGAAAAAUCAAACAGGCAGUUUGAAGCCUCAGAAGAAAUUCUUGCACAAAAAAACUCGUAACAGUUUUGGAGAGGAGUGUUGUGCCAGACAGGAUAUCCAUAAUGAUGACACAAACAGCAAAGAUGAGUCUGCUGAGGAUUUGGUGAAGAUGGCAGAGCUGAAGGCCAACCUGCAGCUGACCAUCGUAGAGCGGCAGAAGCUGUUUGAGGAACUUGCUCACCUUCGAGAGGUGCAUGAAACAGCUGCCUUUGAACUGGCUGAACUUCAGCAAGAGCACGACAGCUUGAAGACUGAAGCGGACCAAUUACGGGGUCAGCUGGGCGAGUGGGAGCAUCUGAUGGAUAUGGUCAAGAGAGAGCGUGACAGCCUGGCAACAGAGCUGGAAACCACCGAGAGCCAUGAGGACCACUUUAGGCAGGAGCUUGAGCUGAUCAUGAACUCAAUGCAUGAGGCACUUGCUGAGCGAGAUAGUCUGCAGGAUGAAGUGUUCCGCAUGACUGAAAAAGAUGGGUCACUAAUGGAUGAAAUUACCCAGAUGAAGUCAAUGACCACAGGAAUUAUUGCAGAGCGAGAUCGCCUCCAGGCAGAGCUAGACUCCAUCAUGGCUGCCAAGGGGGAAUCCUCUGUGAAGGCAGAGGUACUUGCAUGCAAGCUGCAAGACAUGCAAACAGCCUUUGACAACCUGGAGAGAGAGAAGGAGUCAACAACAGUUCUUCUUCAGCUUGCCCAGGAGAAAGAGUCACAGAUGAUUGAGGAACUGGCUGCAAGUCAGGAGAAGAUUCAUUCCUUGGAAACUAGUCUACAGGAGAAGCAGAAUGAGUUGAAUGAGCUGCACAGAGAACAAGGAGAGAUAAGACAGCGGGAAGAGGCAGCAAAGGCACAGGUCAAGACCACAUUGGAGCAGCUGGAGGAUAGAAAAAACUACACCAUAGAGCUUGAAGAACAGGUCUUUGAGUUGUCCAACUCCUUGACAGAGGCAAAAAAGCGUUGUGGAAACCUGAGGGAGCAAUUUGAAGCUGCCAUGCAAGACAAGUCAGAGAGCAUUGAGUUCAGCCAUGAGAUUGAAGACCUGCACAGUCAAAAGGCAGAGUUAGAACAGCAGCUGGAGAAGAAAAUGGCAGAAUUCUUGACCUUGCAAAAAGAGCUGUCUGAUAAAACUAAACUUGUUGAGCAAGUUGAAGAACGUUGCACAGAACUUGUGAAGGAUCUGGAGAAAGAGAGAAAGCAGAUAGCCAUUGAGAGGGAAGGUCUGAAAGAAGGAGAAGCAGAAAUAAUUGCAAAGUUCCAGGAGUUGCAGCAGGAGCUUGGGGAGAGGCACCAGCACCUGGAAAAAGGAGAGGGACACACUAAGGGAGCAGCUGCAGCAGAUGACAGACACGCAGUUGGACAUCAGGCAGGAAAUGGAGUACAAGAUGGAAAGUUAGCCUUGGCUGAAGAAGGCGGUGUCCAUCAAAAUUACAAGGAGCUGGAAAAGCAGCUUCAACAAAUGGAAUCUGAGAAUGUAGCAUUACAGGAAAAGCUUGUUCAGGUGCAGUCUUCUCAAGAUACCCUGCUGCAGGAUCUUCAGGAGAAAGUUUCAUGCCUUCUGAAAGAAAAGGAAGAACUUGGCAGUCUUCUGGAGGAGAAGGUCUCAUCACAAAUAUCUUUGCAGCAAGAAUUAGCAGAGAAACUUGCAGUCCUUCAGAAUGUAGAAGAUCUUAAGGCCCAGUUGGUGCUUCAGCUGGAUCAGAUUACUGCCGAGAGAGAUGGUGCCAGGGCAGAAAGUACAGACAAGGAGACAGAGUGCCAGGCUCUCAGGCAAGAACUGGCCACUGCCAUGGAGCAACUUGAAGAAAUGAAAAUCCAAGUGCUUCAGCUGCAUCAGCAGUUAAAGGAUGUCCAUGUGCAAAAGAUGUCAUGUGACACCAUCAUCAAGGAACUUAGGGAAGAACUUGAUCUCAAAUCAGCUGCAAUGAGUGAGGUUGAGGAGGCCUCCAAGAAAGCACUGAUCGAACUAGCCAACAAUUCCACUGCUACCUCAGAAGUCCAGGCACUGCAACAGAAGUUGCUGAAGGCAGAAGAGACAUUGUCAGCACUGAUUGAGCAGGUGGCAGAAAGCGAGGCAAUGAACAAAAAGCUGCAGCAAGAGUUAAGGGAGAUGACAAAUAAAAAUGCUUGCAUAGCAUCAGAGAGGGAUGAGCUUGUUCAUCAGGUAGAAUCCUUGAAAGAGCUCUCCUCUGCACAGAUUCAGCAGCUGACAGCCCUGCAGGAGGAGAAUGCUGACAUCCAGUCUCGUCUGGCUAGCCUAGUCUCUCAAAUAGAUGCCAGUCAGGAUGCUAAAACAUCCAUUACCUUGGAGCUACAGCAGUCUCACAGUGACUUGAAGGAAGUACAACAAAAAUUUAGUGACCUGGACAAAGAACAUGUGAAUCUAACAGCUACAAUAGACUCUUUGAUAAAGGAAAAGAUUGAACUUGAAGCUUCUGACAAAACAAAAGCUUCAGCUGGAGGAGCAGGUCUCAACACUGUCUGUGGGAUAGAAGAGAAAGCCAGAUUGGAUGAAAAAUGUGCUAGUCUUGAGCAGCUAGUGCACGAGAAAGAGCAUGGCCGACAAGAGAUGUUGCUCGAGUUGGAAGAAAACACAAAGAAAGAAGUAACUCUUUUGCUAGAAGAAAAACAAGUCCUGGUGGCAGAGGUGACCAACCAAAAGAAGCAGUGGGAGGAAGUCUGUGGAGACUUACAGGCUGCGAAAGAAGAAGUUGCAAAAUUGAGAGCCGAUUUGGCUGAGAAAGAUCAGGGUUUAGCCACCCUGAGACAGAGCCUGUACAUCAGCUCUGAGAAGCUGGAAAAUUUCAGAGAAGAUGUUCUGCACCGUGAGCAGGAGCUAGACAACUUACGAUCCAUGCUAGCUGAUAAAGAAAGAAACUUUGAAGAAGCUCAGGUAAAGAUGGGUGAAGCAUUGAAAGCUCUGGAGGAUGAGGUUAAGUUGCAGAAGCAGCUGAGAGAGAAGGAAGCAGAGAAAGCCAUCUUGGAGCAACAAACGAAGGAGCAGGAAGAAGAGAAGCAGCGCUUGGAGAGUCGCAUCGAGGAUUUGGAGAGUGCUGUUCAAUCACAAAAAGCAGUAAAUGCCCAGCUGUGUGCCCAAAUGGUAUCCACACAGGGGGAGAGCAUGCAGAAGUCUGAGGAUGCCACUAGAGAGUUACAGCAGCUGAAGAAGGCUGUUACAGAGAAAGAUGAAAUGAUUGGAAAACUGAAGCAGCUUGCCCUCAAAUCUAAGAAGGAGCUUCAAGAGGUGAAGGCAAAGCUGGAGAGUGCUAACAAAGCCAGGACUGAACAGUUCCACACAACUGCAAGCUCAGAGCAGCUAGUCAGUGAGCUCAGACAGCUGCAAGAAACUAAUAGUAUCUUGCAGCAAAACAUUGACAGUUCUUAUGAUGAGCUGGAACAGAAGAAAGCGGAAUUAUCACAGUUGGCAGAGGCCAAAGGUCAGAUGGCUGAGCUGUCAGAGGAGAGAACAUCUCUUAGCCAGCAGCUGGAAAUUGUUAAAGAAGGGCUGAAGACAAAAGAGAGUGAUGCUGAGGAAGUCCACCUCAAACUAAAGGCCUCAGAGAUGGAGUUGUCUGCCUUACGUAUUCAACUGGAAGACUUUCUAGCAGCGAAGCAAAAGCUGGAAAGUCUUCUUGUGGAGAAGGAAAAUCAAUUGGAGGCUGAGUGCAUUGAGCACAAAACCAGAAUGGAGAAACUGCAGACUGAACUCACCCAGCUUCAGUCCAUGCUUACUGCAGCUAAACAGGAUGCCAAACAGAGUGACAUGUUGGACCUGGAGAUGGCAGACUAUGAGCGCACAAUCCAUGCUCUCAAUGAACAGCUGACUGAGCGCAACUCACAGCUGUCUGAUGCCAGAGCAGAAAUUAUACGCUUGGAGGAGAGACUGCAGUUCAUGCAGAAUCAGAUAGAGGGUCUUGAUGAACAGAGGCAGCAGGCAGAGGAGCGGGGUAACAAGCUAAAGCAGCUCCUGGUUAAAGCCAAGAAGGAUCUGUCCGAUGCAAAGGCACAGGAGUCAGAACAAAAGACAGUUAGCAAGGAGCUUCAGGUGCAAAUUGAAAAAAUCAACCAGCAACUGGAAGACUACAAGGUGCAGAUGGUAGAACUGGGCUCUGAGAAUCAGCGGCUGCUGGACAAACUGAGAACUGCUGGUGAUGUCCACCAGCGAACCAUUCGCUCAUUAGAAGGUCGUAUUGCUGCUGUCUCUGAAGACCUGGAAGCUGCACAGAGUGAACUCAGGACUGUCCAAUCUGAUUAUGAAAGCUACAAGGUGCGAGCACAGAGUGUACUGCAAAAGACGAAGACAAAAUCACUAAAUGACUCCUCCUCUGAUCUCGAGAAACAAGAAAAGCAGAGACUGGAGAAUGCAGUGGAGCACUUGAAGGGAAAACUUCAGGAAAUGUCGCAGAAAAUAUCGGCAUUAACCCAUGAUAAUGAGACUCUGCAGGAAGAACACGAGCGAUUGCAGCAGCGACACAAUAAACUGCUCCGAGACUCUGAACAGCGUGAAGAGGCUUUCCGCAAACGGGUGGAGGAAAUGACACAGGACAAGAUGACAAUGGUGACGAAAAUGGAGGAGCGUGCUGCACAACUUCAGUUACAACUGGAUGUUCAAAAAGAUGCCUACAAAGAGCAGCUAGAAUCUGUUGAGGAAGAGCACAAAAAAAUUUUAGAAAUGCUACAAAUGCAGCUGGAUAUGACUCAGGGGGAAAACACUCGGCUUCAGCGAGAAGUCAACAACCUGCAACGAUCACUGCGCAGCAAGGAUGCAGCAGCAGAGGAGCGGCGCUCACCACCAGGAUUUUUUCCGGUGAUGACUCACCCUGAGGGUGAACGCCAGGAAGGGGAGGGUUCAGAAGUUGUUGAUGCAGAGCCUCGUGUCUUGACAUCACCGUCAAACAAGCUGCCAUCCGUUUCAUUUGAAAAACUGCUGGCUACACCUUUGGAUGAGCUGCCAACAGGGAGAAGACCAAGUGUGGUGGACGAGGAGACUCUGAAAAAUGAUCUGACUGCAGCGCAGAAGAAAAUUGAACAUCUUACAGAACUGCUUAAUGACAGCGAGGAGUCUGUCUCUCGCAUGACAGAGCAAGCCAAGAUUUUGAAGGACGAGAUCCGGCGAUUAAACCGCAACCAACAGCGUGACGAGGAGCUUCAGAAUCUGGAGUACCUGAAGAACAUCAUCAUGAAGUUCUUGACGCGAUCAGUUGGGGAAGAACGCAUGGUGCUGGUGCCAGUAUUGCACAUGAUGCUCAAACUGAGUCCAGAGGAGAAAGAGGUGCUGGAGGCUGUGGCAACAGGAGAGGAUUCAAAACAUCAGAAGAACCAGCAGGGAAGUGGCUGGGGAUCAUACCUUCAUCGAUGGUCGGGGCUGACAUAACAGCACAGCAUCUCACUCCCAUUCGCCAUCUCGUUCCUCAUCAUCAACACUUGCAGUCGACCAUUGUUAUUCAGGACUGUGAUCUGCCAUAUUAUCUGGUACCUCUAAUCUGUGAUUGAUAUAUGUAUUAUUUUUUCAGCCUGCCUUAGACUCAAGUGUCCAUAUUGAAUCCCCCAAACUUCCAAAUUUACAGAGACAAACACAGAUACACUAUCUCCUUGAAUCUUGCUGAGUUCUAUACAAACAUCAACAGUGUGACAAUUAUCUGUUCUUGGGCUUACCUUUGAUGUGUCCUUGUAUGAAGUGCUAGUCCUACAUUAUUGUUGGCAUACAUUCCACAUAAUCUUAACCAAGACUCCUGAGUCUUUGUCACAAAAAGAAAGGAAUAUUUCCGACAUAAUUAAAAAGUGUCAAAAAAUAUAUGUGGUGAUUAUUUUCAUGUAAACUUGUACACAGGAUUACAGUAAUAAACAUUUUGUUUUCUUCAGUUGAUGACACUCAUGGGAAAAUUAUUUACUGGGAUAUCAAAUUAUUACCUGUUUCUCAGUUCAUAUUUGUUUUUUGCUGAAAUGUGAAAGUUUGCUGUAAAUUUCUUUGUUACCCACCCUUCCUUCUCCUCUUUCUCUCUCUUGCUGAGAUAAUAUAAAUGUAAAGUUCUCAUUAUUUCCUUGACCAAUGGCAUGAAGUGUGGUUAUUACUGGAAAUGCAUUGUUUAGGCAUGUUAUUAUUUUCUGAAUGCUGAGUGGUUUUCCUUUUAGGACCAUUAACUCUUAAUGUUAAUGGAAGGAAUGUCUUGAAGUUCUGUUUAGUACACCAUCCAUCACUCUGUCUGAGAGGAUCUGGUAAUCCAGCUAAUCCAAAUUAGGGUCCUUGUUGCUGUUUGAACUUCUGUAACAAAAUGAUGGCUUUUUGUUUGUACAAAGGUUCCUUCUUUUGGUGUACCAUUUCCUCUGUAAAAGUUUCUUUCUAUUAUUAAGCCAUUAUUUCACUGUGGAUUUUAUUUGGUGGAUGAUCUUGACUAGAAAUCCUUGUGUAGCAGUACUCCCUUUUAAUUGAAAGUACAUUUGGUCAUGGAUAAACAUGUUGGGUGCAUUUUCUCUUUUUUACUGUUGAUCUCAAUGGCAAAAUAUAUUCUUGAUGAGGGGAAGAAUUUAUAGGUAACUCAACCUUAAACUGUCAUCACUACCAGCAGUUUCUCACCUAUAUUAUUACGUGUUAAUCAGAAAGAAAUCACUCUUGUGUGCGUAAUUUCACUAACACAACUUGCAAAGCACAUAAUCCUUUUGAUUACUUGUAAUGAAACUGUUCAUUAUAUGACCUAGUGCUUUACAGAUUAAUUGACUAUUUUGUGUAUGUAUUGUUGUGUUCUGUUUACAGUUGUUGAGAGUAUUUUUGACUCCUUUGGAGCGAGCUGCUUAAAUACAGUCACUACUGACACUUAACACGUUUGUUUCGUCACUUGCCGCUGGAAAGUCUCUCACACUGUUCUGCUUAAUUUCUUGAUAACAAUGUAUAUCGGGAGUAAAGCUUGUAAGGACUAUUAAAACAGUUGGGUAAAGCUCAUGUGUGUUGAUGAGGUUAAGCACAGUGACACUGAUGAUGGAAUUGGGGUAGAGAUGUCUUGCAAUAGUAACUGCUGCAAUUCUAUACAUGCUAAUUUAUGCAAUUUUUAAACAUUAUUAAUCUUAUGAAAAUUACAGAGGUAAAUUGAUUUGAGUUUCUUGUGACAGUGGGGUUAUUUUGAUCUUGACUUUCUGUUUUGUCAUGCUUACAACGUCCCGUGUUUUAUGGCACAUUUAUUAACACACUGGGCUCUGCAUAUAAAUAUAGUUGUCAUCCGACUCUUGGCCAUCCGCAUUAACAGAAUAGCAGUCAGAAUAUGCGGUAAAUUUCCAGCAUCCAGUGAGUUAAGAAACCGUUCUUUCUGAAAUGUGGUUUGUAGGGAAAGGAUACAUUUGCAGGUGGCAAGGCUGACAAACAUUUACAGCUAAAGAUAUUUUGGAAGUUUUUGUGUGUUGUAUUUUAAGUGAUCUCUUUGCAGCAUUGACUGUUUAACAAACAUGCACAUUCAGCUCGGUGUUUUAUAUAGCAAGGAAAAUCAAAUCAGCUGAUUGACUUUCAGUAACAUGCCCUGCCCUUCUUGCCCCAAUCUGUGCAAGAUACUAAUGAUCUCACAGAGCAAUAAUUGGUAUGUUCACAACUCUUUAGACUGUCAUUUGUAUUGUGUGCAUACUACCAAGCAAAGACAUCAUUAAGCCGUUUGUAACAGUGCAUUAUCUGGGUUUUUAAAAACUAUAUGAUAUGAGUGCAUGUAGGAGGCUCUUGCUGUAUGUUCGUUGUGUGCGUGGUUGUUUGCUGGGUAUGCAGAAUGAUGUGUAAAUAUAAUUUGUUGUUACGGUGUUAUUCAUGAGGAUGAUUUCUGUGUAACUUACCCCUGGUGUUCCUUUCAGGAGUUAAAAAGUCAAGGGGGUAUACCUUGACCAGUUUCUUUAACAUAUCAUUAUACAUGCCUGAAGUCAAUCUUUUUCUUGGUUUAAUUUUGAGCAUAUUGCUAGCUUAUUCAAAGAUCAGAAUUUUGGUGGCUUAUCAUGUACUGCAGUGGGUGUCCUGUGGUGGCUUGUGAUUACAAAUUACAUUUUCAUAUGUUCACUUACCUUUCUAACUCACCGUCCAGGUACGAUCUUGCUCUGUCCGAUGUUAGCUGACUUUAAAGAGUUCUUCUCAUGAAACAGUUUGGGUCAUUCCUCCAAGAUAAGUAUCUAGAUUUUUUUUAACAAAUCAAAACUGACCAACUGAGCAUAUUGUUAACAAUUCUUUAUUUUGUUGUUUGGACAUACAUUCUGUACUUGGUAAUGUACAUAUACACUGAUGUAGACCAACGGGGUUUGAUUAAAAGUGGUUUGAAAAAGUUCUCGAUCACAGCUUCA